CUCGACAAUGGUAGGACGCAACGACUGAAUCGCAACGUAGUCACCGUCAUGACCGCUAUUGACGCGUCAUAUCAUGGGUUCGCGCCUGGAAAACAACUCGAACGCAGUGCGCAAGCGCAUAGAGAACCAUGCCUUCGACAACGAAGAAGGUGAGGAGUAUGAAGGCUCCAAGUUCGGCGGCUUUGGCGACUACUUUUGGCACAAAAGGGUCAAGCUUCAGAACCUGGACGCCGAGAUUCGCUCCCAGGCUGGCCAUAACCCUCCCAUUUUCCGCGGUAUUGUCGCUCACGUGAACGGCUACACACAGCCAUCUCUGAAUGAUCUCCACAAGUUGAUUGUGUCUUAUGGAGGAGGUUUCAUGCAAUAUCUCGACGGCAAAACCGCGGUCACACACAUCAUUGCUAGCAACCUCACUCCGAAGAAGGCGGUGGAAUUCCGCAAGUAUCGCAUAGUCAAACCGGCAUGGGUGGUAGACAGCAUAAAAUCUGGGAAGCUGUUGCCAUGGGAUGCUUACCGGGUGGUGGACGAAGGAGCCGGACAGAAACUCCUCGGGUCCGAUGGUGGUAAAAUCGUCAACCAAACACCAGCCAAGUCGAAAGGCUAUCGGGAACAAACGGACGUCAGCUGGUAUACCAAACACCUGCAGGGCGGUGAAAAUAGUACUCCGAGGAGCUCGCAGCGUCCACCAUACCUUAUGCAGCAGUCUUCCACGCCAGGUGUGGAAGAUGAGAUUGAUGAUUUACCUCCUUCGCAUCAGCCGGAAACUUCUUUUACUCGUGACUCGCUAUCCGAGCUAGAAAGGCAUGAAGCACUAGGAGAACAUCUGCCGCUUAUCCCUCAUUCUGAGAAUGGGCAACUGGUGUCACCUGGCAUAUUGGACUCAGAAGAAAUUUCUGAUAUCGAUCGGAAUGGUCCCAAAAGACCAUAUGGCGAUCAGACUAGCUCUCCAUGUAAACGCAGGAAACUUACCGCAGAAGAGCACAAUGCCAUCCUUCUUGCUGACCCAAACAUUCGGAAAUCAACAGUAGUCAAUCCAGACUUCCUGGAGCAGUACUACCGAGAGUCUAGGCUUCACCACCUUUCCACGUGGAAAGCAGAUCUCAAGACACAGCUCCAAGCAAUGGCAGCUGAAAAAUCAUCAUCGCAAAAGGCAAAGCAGAAAGCUGCCCCUGGUGUCAGAAGAUAUAUUCUUCAUGUGGACUUUGACAGUUUUUUUGCUGCUGUCUCCCUAUUGAAGCGACCGGAGUUCAAGGACAAACCAGCCGUAGUGGCACACGGUAAUGGCACGGGUUCUGAGAUUGCAAGUUGCAACUAUCCCGCCCGAGAACAUGGAAUCAAGAAUGGCAUGUGGAUGAAACGAGCGCAAGAGUUGUGUCCGGAGUUGAAAAUUCUUCCGUACGAUUUUCCAGCGUAUGAAGACGCUAGUCGAUCGUUCUAUGAUGCCAUAUUAAGCAUUGAAGGUGUCGUGCAGAGCGUUAGCAUAGACGAAGCUCUGAUCGAUGUUUCCGCGCAGUGCAUUGCAGCGGGCGGUUCUGACGGCAAGAAAAUGAGCGAAGGCAGCAUUUACCGCGAACAGAGCGAGGCGGAGAAGAUCGCACAACAUCUUCGGGACGAAGUUAAGAUAAAGACUGAUUGCGCCGUGUCAGUCGGCAUUGGACCUAACAUCUUGUGUGCCAAGCUUGCUUUGCGCAAAGCCAAACCUGCUGGUCAAUACCAAAUCAAACCCGAAGAAGUUCUUGACUUCAUCGGUAAAUUAGAAGUCACAAACCUUCCCGGAGUGGCGUACAGCAUUGGCGGCAAACUGGAAGAGGCUGGUAUCAAAUUCGUGCGCGACAUUCGGGAACUUACCAAGGAGCGAUUGAUUACCGUGCUGGGACCAAAAACAGGAGAGAAAGUUUGGGACUACUCUAGAGGCAUUGAUCGGUCCGAGGUCGGCGACCAGGUAAUCCGGAAGUCUGUGUCAGCGGAAGUCAAUUGGGGUGUUCGUUUUGAAAACGCCGAACAAGUUGACGAUUUCAUUACGAACCUUUGUGGUGAACUUGGCCGGCGGUUGCUGAAAGAGAAGGUCAAAGGACGACAACUCACGAUGAAGAUCAUGCGGCGCGCUGCAGAUGCACCACUCGAUCCACCAAAACACCUGGGCCAUGGGAAGUGCGAUGUUUACAACAAGAGCACAACUCUUGGCAUUGCAACCAAUGACAAGGAUAUACUCGCCAAGGAAGCUUCAUCGAUGCUCAAAAGCUUCAAGUUCUCUCCUGGAGAACUGCGCGGUAUAGGGAUUCAAAUGACGAAGUUGGAGCCUCUGAAAGCUUCUGUUGAUGGGAAGCAGGAAAGUAGUCAGCGGCUGUUGCAGUUCAAAAUCAAGGAGAAGAACAACCCCGUCUCUGAAGAACCUGGGGAUCCAAUCCAGGAUGAUAUCAAAACACCUAGGAAACAAAAAGCAGAUCCGGAACAAUUCGAAUUCGGAGCGACUCAGCUGAACACAGACAGUCCGAGCCGCAAACCGCUCAACGUCAUGGGCACUCAGUUCAUUAUGCCUACGCAGGUCGACCCCACGGUCCUUGCUGAGCUUCCAGAGGACAUACGAAUGAAAUUAUUGAAGCGUGUCCAACCAAGUCCAGUAUCUCCGAAGGAGGCAAAUAUUGCUGUUCCGUCCGUCGAGGUUGAAUCAAAGGACUCAAAUAAACCGUUGCCUAGAACUAUGCUACCCAAUGAAUCUCAGUUAGAUCCUGCGGAUUUGGCUGUCCUUCCGCCCGACGUUCGCGCUGAGGUCCUAUCUUUCUAUCGACAAUCACCCGGGGCAUCUCCCAGCAGAGGUGACCGUAUCCAAACACGUCUUCCUCAAUCACCACGUAAAAACCGCACCAUAGCUCUCCCAAAGAGGGCUGCUUCGGCAUCGUUUGCAGGCCCCCGACGUGGCCGACCACCUAAAUCAACCAGCGCCAAUCCUUUCGUCACCAACCGUAAAACUUUUACUCAAUCAAACUUUAUCACUGAACGCCUGGCUCGCCAACAGCCGGACUCCGCUGAAACAACGACCGAUGACGCGGGUACUGAUGCCGAAGUCGAUGCGGAGUUCUUGGCCGCUCUACCGGAAGACAUCAGACAGGAAGUUAUUGACGAACAGCGCCGUCUCCGUCUCCGCAAGCAGUCUUCCCUGAACCUUGCCGCUGCUCGUAAAAACCAGCCAGCACAGCAACCGCCGGCGUUGCCGUCUGGGCAGCGUACGCUCAAACUGCCACCACGCCCACCAAGACCAACAUUUUCAAUGCAAAAGAUAUGGCGUCCGGAUGAGUUACGUGAGGCAGUACGAGACUGGGUGAAAGAGUUCAAAGAGGAAGGACCGUAUCAGGAAGAUCUGGGAGCCUUAAACAGCUACCUCCAGAAAGUAGUGGAGGAAGAAAAGGACCUAGAAAAGGCAGUUGGUGUGUGCAAGUGGUUCGCAUGGGUCUGUGAAGAGGAGUUCGAAGGGUUCGGAAAGAAGGGCGGCGACGGGUUUGAUGGAGGGGAAUGGAAGGAAGCGUGGAUGGCCGCAUUGAGGAGCGUGCAAAACAAGGUGCAAGAAGCUGUGAAAACGAGAGGCUCGGGUGCAGUGGAGUUUUGAGGUCUCGAAUACGCCGUAUUCCACGCGUCUGAUGCUAACAAGGAUGCGUCAAUCAAACUAGGGCAAGCCGGCAAGGUUAUCCAAUCGCAUGAGAGAUUGAACGAAGCGGCCACUAAAUUUUGCUGGAAACACUCUUUCAAGCCCCCUGACGUGACAUUCCCGGAGCCAUUGAGGGACCGCGCGCUUAUCUGGCUAGCCGUUCUCGCAUCGUUGUCAGAGCCUGCAGCAAUCUCCUUUCCUAGUCCGGUAUAGCGCGCCCGCGAAAACGAUUACGAGAACGAACUCCACCAAGAAUAGUAGACCAGAAACCCAGCCUCAAUGUACACAGAACUAUUCAGGAUGCUAAUUUCACUUUCUUAAAUACCUGGUGUUCCACGAGCUAUGCCUUUCUCUCUCCAGCUCCAGCAGUCAAUUCCUUCAAACUCCGUCGACAAAUCACAGCAACAAACCAAAUUCGAAC